AUGGACGACAGAUCACCAAAAAAAUAUCAAAAGAAUCAAAAGUACGUUUGUGCAAUGUGCUUGAACAACAGAGUUGAAGGGAAAGCUAACGAAUGUUGCAGGAAAAUUCCAAAAAGUUGUCCUAUAUGCCAGAAGUCAAAAGAAUGCGUUUUAAAUGAAAUAAAGAAAGAAAAAGAAAUGAAGGAUAAAUGCCCUUCAAGCAAGGAUCCCAAUGUUAAAACAGUCCAAACAUCGGACACAAAUGUCGCACAAGGCUUGAGUCUUCUAAAUGAAGUACUAACCGUGUUCCAAAAUAAAAAAGUCGAUAUGAACAAAGAUAAAGUCAAAUCCGGACUUCUGAAAGACGUAGCUGUUGCAACAGACGACCAAAAUGAUGACAAAAACUUAAAAGAACGAACCAGACUAACUGUUAGUACGUUCCAAUAUUCUAUAGAGGAUACGAAGAAAACUCAUGAAAAUGGAAAGUUUAUUAUCGUGAACUCUAGCCAACCAGAAGUAGUGGGGAGUAGAAAUUCCGUGGACCUCUUAAAGCAUAAGUCCUCUUCAAUACCACAGAUGAAGUUGGAGGAAUUGAAAUAUUCCCUCAAAGCAAAGAGUCGGUCGAAAGACGCUAUUGAGGAAGUGAACAGACUAUUCGCCACUGUUCGAAAGCCAAGCCAGAAAAUCUCUGACAUAUCCAACCGUCCAAUGGUGAGAAGUGGUCCAAGAGUUCUGCCAGUGGUUAAUAACAAUUACAAUAUACAUGCAGAACCGAAUAAACGAGACUUUGGCUACGAAUGCGUCAAUUCUCAAAAUAGUUCGUGCAAGGUUUGCCAAACUUGCAUGUCCAGUGGUGACUCUAAUAGCAAGAAUGAGUGUUGCCACUCUGAUAAACAAAAGUGUGACAAGUGCGUCUAUAUGCUGUGUUGCCAUUAUGAACAUAAACGUAAAGUGCAGACCGGAGUGUUGAUUUGCGAACACUGCAGAGAAAUGAAUGAAGAUUAUUGUUGCCAGCAUAAUUGUGUCGAAGACAGUGGGUAUCACUGA